CCUAUUGGUUUUCGUGGCGCUCUAUCGCUGAAGGGGCAGGUUCUGCUGUCGCGCUCCAGUCUCUCUCAGUCCCCAAGUGGCAGCUCGGAGCUGAAAAUGUCGGAACCUACGGUAGCGGACACCCGCCGGUUAAACUCCAAGCCGCAGGACUUGACUGAUGCCUAUGGGCCACCUAGCAACUUUCUCGAAAUUGACGUUUUCAAUCCACAGACCAUUGGCGUCGGCAGGACCAGAUACACUACUUACGAGCUCCGGAUGCGGACCAACCUCCCCAUCUUUAAAAUGAAGGAUUCCUGUGUGAGGAGAAGGUACAGCGAUUUCGAAUGGUUAAAGAAUGAGCUGGAAAGAGACAGCAAGAUCGUAGUGCCACCGCUGCCUGGGAAAGCCCUGAAGAGGCAGCUCCCCUUCCGAGGGGACGAGGGGAUCUUUGAGGAAUCCUUCAUCGAGGAGCGACGGGUGGGCCUGGAACAGUUCAUCAACAAGAUAGCGGGGCACCCCCUGGCGCAGAACGAACGCUGCCUGCACAUGUUCCUGCAGGAGGAGACCAUCGACAGGAACUACGUCCCGGGAAAACCCCAGUGAUCCAGAGAAGCUGUGCAUUCCACCAGGUCCUAGCCGUUUGUUUUAUUGCAAGUCUCAUCACGAUAAAGCCAACGCUGCCUCAACACAGGUGAACCGACAAGCUACACUCAGCUCUCUUUGUUUGUAUGUACAUGUAAAUACUGUAUAUAUAUAUAUAUAUAUCUCUCAACUGCUUGAAGAUUAGCAAAAUGCAGCAACACAAACGGUGUGUGUGUGUGUGCACGCAGCGAUGCUUGGGAGACUGCAUUUUGCUAAAUCUGGAUGAAAUUCUCAGCCGACUUAAAGUGGUUUGCUUGCUCACAGCUCUUAUCUUAAUAAUGUGUGUUACCAAUUUAAUGCUGAGACAGCUACUCGGGGGGACAGCAGUUAAGCUGUCCCCCGCUUCACCCACCAUCACCGGCACUAUCUGUUGUGUGCGUAUUAACAGCCGAGUUGUGUGCUUCUGUCGGUGCACGUGCACGCUCGCUCGCACAAGUGUCUGAUUCGGAGCACGCAUGGGCUUUGAGGUUCAGUGAACACAAUGUUAUUUUACAAAAUCAUAUUAAUGUUGCUUAGAAAAAGGAAUCUCGACAUGUUUUAGAAGGCAGAGGGAGAGUUCUGAAGGUGUCUACUGUCUCUGGGUUACCAGGGCAAGCUCUUACUCCACCCCACCCCCCUUUUGGUUGGCCGCCUUGGAUUUGGGGUGUAAAAUGCUAAAGAAAUGGGAAAACGUUUCAAUGAGAGAACAGCUUUUUUUUUUUUUUUUCUUUUGAUGCAGGUUUUUUUUUUUUUUUUUUUCAUUCCUUCAGUUAUUAACAUGUUGCUCAAUAUUUUGUUGGCUUCCUCCAGUGGGGUAUUUAAUAUCAUUUUGCCUAAAAAGAAAUCCAUGAAUCUCCCACCACUAAGAGGGCCCAUAACCUUUAGAGUGACCCCCUGCCUUUCAAUUCUGGAGUAGGUUAAAAAUCCUGUGAUUUCAUUGGUGCUCGGAGCUGCUUCUCUGAUUUGAUUUGUCACUGUAUUGCCCAAUCAAUCUUCAGUAACCCUUUAUCAAACAAAAAAGAAAGGGACAUGUCUUCCUGAAACAUCCCACCACAUUUUGAUUUCCACAAACAGAGACUGAGUACAUUUUAUAUGAAAACAUGCUGGUGUUGCAUUAUCCUUUAUAUAUAAAUAUUUACUUUGUAUUGUUGUUAUUAUUUAGCCACUUUUCACAUAUGUAACUGCUGUGAAAAUUAGCCUGGGCUUCAAUAAAUAAAAAUAAUGUCUCCGAUCUGAUGUCAAGAAAAAUGUCAUGUCAAAUAAUCAUGUUCAUAUAAACCACUGUGAAAACCA